AUGGGACGAGUUGGAAAGAAAUUAAAAAAGUUCUGUAACUGGGCCUUUUCUCGGAAAUCCGGGAAAACCCAGCAGAACCAGUGCACAACCGAGGGCGACCUCGGGCCCCAGAGAUGUUCUGAUGGCGAAGCUGGACCAAGUAACGCCGCGUUCAUCUCUCACAUUUAUACUGGAGCAGCUGGUGUUUCACCAAGCCCAGCACCACAGAAAGCGGAGAAGAAACUAAAGAGGUUCCGGAAAUGGUUUUCUCGUAAAUUCAAGAAAACUACAACCGGAGCCCAACAGACCCAGCCGAGCAGCCCACAGACUCAGAGACCCCCUGAUAGUGGAGCUGCCAGUGUGUCGCCGAGGCCGGUUCAGGACGAGCGGGUCAACAACAGGUGCGUGUCUAUCCAGACCCCUGUGAAGACCCCGUCAACAGAAACCGAACAGCACGACGACACUGAAUGCUGGCACUUGUGUGUAUCUUCUCUGACCACCGCGGAUAUCAGCGAAUCUGACCGCGCUUCACUGCAAAGCUGGCUCUCCUGUGCGUCUUCGCUUGGCACCGCGGAGAACAGCGAAUCUGACCGCGCUUCAGUGCAAAGUUGGCACUCUUGUGCGUCUUCGCUUGGCACCUCAGAGAACAGCGAAUCUGACUACGCUUCACUGGACAGUAGGCACUGUUGUGGAUCUUUGACUAGCAACGCGGAGGACAGCGAAUCUGACUGCGAUUCAGUGCACAGUAGUGUGUCCGAGAAAAGCACCGCUUCCUCAUCGAAUGACGCUUUUUGGAAGACAGAAAAGCAAAUCCCAGUGAAUUUGGAGGGGAAAAAAGGUGACAUCAAUGAGGAAUAUCAAGUCAAGAGGGUUUUAGGUCGUGGAGGGUUUGGAGCUGUCUAUGCUGGAAUUCGUCGGUCGGAUUCACAAAAGGUGGCAAUCAAAAAUGUGAACAAGGAUGAAGCAGGAAGAACCAUGAAGAUUCUACCAUAUCAGAAGACUGUUCCACAAGAAGUCGGUUUGAUGUAUUUGAUGAGCAGAGGUCCUUACGUUCCUCAAAUAAUACAGCUGCUGGAUUGGUAUGAGACGCCGAGCCAAUACAAACUGGUGCUAGAGCGUCCCAAAGCCUGCAUGGACCUGCAGAAGUUUGUAUGGCGGCGUCGUAAGAAAAUGAGUGAAUCGAUAGCACGACUGGUGAUGCACCAGGUGGUCACUGCUGCAAACGCAUGCUGUGAAAGGGAUGUCUACCACAGCGACAUCAAGCCGGAAAACGUGCUCAUCAACCCCCACACCUUUCAGAUCAAACUAAUAGACUUUGGUGUUGGAAGACUCAUCACCAGCUCUGGUUAUUCAACAUUCUGUGGCACAAUGCCUUAUGCUCCUCCGGAGUAUUAUGACUGUGAAAGGUUCCACGCCAAGCCUGCAACGGUGUACUCUAUAGGUGUAAUGUUGUUCAGGAUGCUGCAUAGAAAAUACCCUCGAAGAGAGCUCAGUAGGAUUGUCGCCAGAACCUGGCAGUGUGACAGACUAUCCAAAGAAUGCAUAGAUCUGAUCUGUUCAUGUCUGCAAAGUGAUCCAGACAAGCGAAUUCCUCUUGAAGACAUCCUCCUCCAUGACUGGUUCCAGGUCUUGAUCCUGAAGCCAAGCAAAGAGAAGAAAACAUUCAGAGAAAAAAUACAGUCUAUAUUGAAAUUCAGGUCUUGUUUCAGUUUUUGUGUUCAAAUGUUCAUCUUACAUGAAACAAAUAUUGCACAUUUUCUACUUUCCAACCAGAUAAGAGCACAGCUGAAGAAGAUCCUGGGACUUGAAGAAGAUAACACCAAGCUCCUUCUCUUCAUCCAGCUUCUAACACCAAACUCCUCCUCUUCAUCGAGCAACCUAACACCAAACUCCUCCUCCUCAUCGAGCAACCUAACACCAAGCUCCUCCCUUUCAUCAAGCCAUUAA